AUGCUUGGACACUUUGUUGUAAGGUCAAAAACGCUUUCUCGAGUCCAACUCUUCCAUACAUCACGUAUCAGGCGUCAACUUGGAUGUUAUGAAGCUAUCGAUACGUCAUGGGAGUGGCUUAAAGACCCGAAAAACCCGCGAUUACAGCGUUUCCUUAAGCUGGAGCGUAAUUAUCUUGCAAAUCAAAUAUCAAAACCCAAAUUUCGUAAAAUUGAACGCACAUUGAAUUUUGAAUUUCGCAAUCGUCUCUUACGACAAGACGCAAGUAUUCCCGAGUGUAUUGGCAAGUAUGAGUAUUUCACACGUCAAGAACGAGGUGAGAACUUUCCAGUAUAUUAUCGUCGACUUCGAAGUGGUGAUGCAGAUGAAGAAAUUGUCUUGAAUCAAAAUGUUGAAAUGUCAUUAAAUCAUGAUUUUCACCUUGUUGCUACCAUGAAACUUUCCGCUGAUGCAACACAAGUGUUGCUUGUUAUGGAAAAUGAAAGUGAAGAAUCUCAAGUUAUGUUGAAAAAUGUCAAACUGAAUACUUUGCAAAUUUUGACAAAUUUAACAAACGUCAAAAAUGUCGAAUGGAGUUCUGCUUCACCACCGAAUGAAUCAUUUUAUUAUACACAAAAAGACACAGACGGACGACCAUUUGCAGUGUACCGAUACAAUCUUGCAACUCAUACACAAGAAUUGAUUUAUGAAGAACAACAUAAAGCAUUUUUUGUUGAUGUAUCUCAAACAAAAGAUAUGCGUUUUAUUCUCAUCAAUUGUAAUUCAAAAAAUGCCUCGGAGAUUUAUGCAUUAGAAAGUCACGACUUGAAUGCAAAACCUCAAGUAUUUCGAAAGCGUGAGUCUGGAACAUUAUAUUUUGUCGAUCAUGCUGCAGAACAGUUUUUUAUUAUUACAAAUGCAAAUGGUGCUCAAAAUUAUCAAAUUGCAACUUGUAAAUGGCAUGCAACAACAAAGUGGCACGUUAUUAUCCCUGAGCAAAAAGAUGUAAAAAUUGAAGAUGUUGAUGUGUACGACCAGUAUCUUGUACUGUACGAACGAGUGAAAAGUAUUCCUCAAAUUCGUGUGUACAGUUAUGAAAAUCUUUCAUUUCAUUAUAUUCCAAUCCCAGAAAUAUAUGAAAUUGGUCGUAUUUUUCCUGGUAUCAAUCGAGAAUGUCACUCGAAUCUUGUAAGAUUUCAAGUCACAACACCAUUAAUUCCCGAGAUUGUGUUUGAUUAUGAUAUGAAAGAUCGUCAAUUACAUGUACUCAAGGAAAAGAAUGUCAUCGAUUCAUCACAUGAUACAAAAUUUGGUUGUUUUCGAUACUUUGUACCAAGUAAAAAUGUUCAGAUUCCACUUACAUUAAUUCAUGAUCGAAAUUUGACAUUAAAUGGAAAGAAUCCAACAUUAUUAAUUGGUUAUGGAGCUUAUGGAACGAAUCUCGAAGCUGAAUUUGAACUGGAAUACUUAAGUUUACUUGAACGUGGAUGGAUUAUUGCACUUGCACAUGUUCGAGGAGGUGGAGAAUGUGGUUUACCAUGGUAUGAUGCUGGAAAAGGAUUGUUAAAACGACAAUCGUUUGAAGAUUAUCUCGCUUGUACGCAUUAUUUAUUUGAUGCACAGUAUACAAAUCCAAAGCUAUUAGCUGGAAAAGGAGUGAGUGCUGGUGGUUUGAUUAUGGGAGUUGUAGCGAAUGAAGCACCUCAAUUGUAUCAAGCUUUAAUCAUGAAAGUACCUUUUGUUGAUAUUUUUGCUACAAUGUUAGAUGCUUCAUUACCAUUAACGAUUCAUGAAUAUGAUGAAUGGGGUGAUCCAAAUCAGUUAAAUGUACGUGAAUACAUUCGAUCAUAUGCACCAUGUGAGAAUGUUGUCGAGCAUCAAGUGUAUCCAGCUAUGUUUAUUACUGGAAGUUUAAAUGAUUCACGAGUACAAUUUUGGGAACCAGCGAAAUGGAUGUAUAUGAUGCGAAAAGUUCAAUCUUUAUUAUCAAAAGAUCAAAAACGUUUAAUGUUAUUAAAAAUGUCAACUGAUCAAGGACAUUUUGGUGGUAGUGGACGAUUGGAACAAUUAGAAGAAAGUGCGAUGGAGAUCGCAUUUUUAUAUCAAGCAAUGGGAUUGGAGUUUCCAAAGAAGUAA